AUGUCUCAGCAGAACCGGGCAGUGCCCCCAAGGCACUAUGUGGUGGUGAGCCCAGCCGAGCUCUACCACCCACACACCGGGACGGUGUCAGUUCAUCUCAGCGACCUCAACGAGACCGUCCGGGUGAGCGUCUGGCUGGAGAGGAAGAAUGGAACUAGCACUAUCACCCUGCUGGAGAGAGAGGUCCGGGAGCCCCAUCUGCAGGAGAACGUGCGCUUCCAGGUUCCUGCCCCGUCCGGGGGGCAGCAGGAAGUGGCAGAGCUGCACAUCUCGAUCCGGGGAGAUGCCUGGCAGUUCUCUGAGCGGAAGAAAGUGCUGCUGCGGGCGCUGCAGCCUGGGACCUUUGUGCAGACGGACAAGGCCGUCUACAAGCCGGGACAGACAGUGAAGUUUCGAAUCGUCAGUUUGGACAAAGACUUCGUUCCCAGUACCCGGAAGCUGCCCCUGGUGACCGUGCAGGAUCCCAGCGAGAACCGCAUCGCCCAGUGGCGAGAUGUGACUCCGCAGCAGGGCAUCAUGGAUCUGUCCCUCCCGCUGUCUGCAGAGCCAGCCCUGGGGACGUACGCCAUCGAGGCGCAGGGGACGAGGCACUCGUUCAGCGUGGAGGAAUACGUGCUGCCCAAGUUCGAAGUGAUCCUGGAGCUGCCCCCCGUGGUGACGGUGCUGGAUGAGACGCUCCUGCUGCGGGUGUGCGGCCGAAACACUUACGGGAAGCCCGUCCUGGGAAAGGUCCAGGCCCGCCUCUGUCGGGAGGAAGAAUCAGAAGAUGUCUGGUACUGGGGUCUCUGGUGCCUGGAGCUUACUGGCCAGUGCCUGGACCCGACCGUCGACCUGCUGGUUCUAGCCCCGCAGCGCAAGUGGGGUCAGCAGACUGACAGCAACGGCUGCUUUUCCAGAGAGGUGGGGACGGCUCCCUUCAACCUGACCCACUCUGGCUACAGGAUGAGCCUCCAGGCCAAGGCCUCUCUCGUGGAGGAGGGGACAGGGGUGGAGCUCAACGUGACCAAGAGCUGUGACAUUGUGUCUGAAAUCGCUACGGUGACCUUUGAGGACGCUGACAAUACCUACAAGGCUGGAAUCCCCUACACUGGCAAGAUGCUCCUGAAGGCAGCAGGUGGCUCUGCACUGAAGAAUGAGAAGCUGCAGCUCUUUGUUAGCUCUGGGGAUGAGAAUAAGAACCAGACCUUCCUGACGGAUGAGUCUGGCAGAGCCUCCUUUGAGCUGGACACCUCCAGCUGGACCGGGUGGGUCACUCUGAGGGGGCACUUCAAGCAGGUGAAUCGCAGCUCUGUGUUUGGAAGAGUCUCUCCCAGUUACUCGGAUGCCCAUCGUAACCUGAAGCCCUUCUACUCCAAGAGCCAGAGUUUCCUGAAAAUCCGCUGGCUGGGAGUGGUGCUGCCCUGUGACCAGGCCCAGCAGCUCCAGGUGGAUUACAUCAUUGCUAGGGAGGCCCUGGGGAACGGGUCCAGGAGCCUGGAUUUCAUCUUCCUGGUCGUGGCCAAGGGAGCCAUCGCCAGGAUCCUCCACAAGGGGCUGGACCUCAGGGAGGGGGCUGGGCUGAAGGGCUCCUUCUCUGUGGAGCUACCCGUCGGCGCUGACCUGCCACCCGAAGCCAUGGUGCUGGGUUACACGGUGCUGCCCGAGGGCGAGAUGGCUGCCGACAGCGCCCGGCUGCAACUGGCCAAGUGCCUCCCGAACAAGGUGAAGCUGGCCUUCUCGCAGGACCGGGCCCUGCCGGGCUCAGAGCUCCAGCUGCGGCUGCAGGCUGCCCCUGGGUCCCUGUGCGCCGUCCGCGCUGUGGAUCAGAGCGUGCUGCUCAUGAAGCCCCAGGCCGAGCUCAGCGUCGAUACGGUCUAUAACCUGCUCCCGUAUUUUCCCCAAGGAGACUAUCCCAAUGCAGUGCGAGAGCCGGAGUCAUGUGAUCAGCGGGUUAUUCAGAGACUAAUAGUUCACCACUGCCACGGCUUAGGUCCCAGGUGGAGGUGUCGCAGAGCGAUUAGCAGCUGGACUCCCACACUGACUGAUGCCUACAGCCUGUUUAAGGAUGCGGCUUUGAAAAUACUCACCAACACCAACACCAAGAAGCCCUGUGAACAUAAACGCUCUUUAACACGUCGUGCUGUCCUACCCUUGGCUGUCUGGCGGGGCCCCGCAUUGUCCUCACCAGUCAGGACCCCUAAGAACAUGGAGGCGGGUGUGGAUAUUGCAGCUGGGACCCCAGUGAGCAAUGCCCGGCCCAUGCCAGAACCCGGCGCCCAGGAGGAGCCAGCACCACAUGCGUACUUCCCAGAGACGUGGCUGUGGGACCUGGUGCCUGUGGGUGAGGGAGGCUCCAAGGACAUCUCAGUCUCAGUGCCCGACACCAUCACGGAGUGGAAAGCUGGGAUGUUCUGCACAGCGGAGGUGGGCUUUGGGCUCUCGCCCACAGCCACCUUCACGGUCUUCAAACCCUUCUUUGUGGAGCUGGCCUUGCCGUACUCCAUGAUCCGGGGAGAGGCCUUCGCCCUAAAGGCCACAGUCUUCAACUACCUGCGGCAGUGCAUCAAGGUGCGAGUGACGCUGGCAGAGUCUGCGCAGUUCCAGGUGCAGGCGGAUGAGGAUGGCGCCUACACCAGCUGCCUCUGUGCAGACGAAGGGAAAACCUUCCAGUGGGAGGUGAUGGCGAGCAGCCUGGGGGAGGUGAACUUCACCGUCAGCACCGAGGCUCUGCACACCGAGGAGUUGUGUGGUACAGAACUGGCCGUGGUGCCGGCCCAGGGGCAAGUGGACACUGUGAUAAAGUCCCUGCUGGUCCAGCCGGGGGGGAUCCUGGAGGAGAAGGCGUACAGCUCCCUGCUCUGCCAGGAAGCCUCUGAAGAAAUCUCCUUGCAGCUGCCUGCGAACGUCCUGGCGGGGUCUGAGCGGGCCCACGUGACUGUCCUGGGAGACGUAAUGGGGAUGACUCUGCAGAACACAGACCGCCUGUUGGCCACGCCCGAAGGCAAUGGAGAGACAAACAUGGUCCAGUUCGCUCACAACACCUACAUCCAGCAGUACCUGGAGAACAGCGGCCAGCUGAGCCCGGAGAUCAGAGACAAGGCCAAGGGAUUCCUCCAGAGAGGCUACCAGGACGAGCUGCUCUAUAAAAACAACGACGGCUCUUACAGAGCCUCUGAGGAGAGCGACGCCAUGGGCAACACCUGGCUGACGGCCUUCGUUCUCAAGUCCUUUGGCCAGGCCAGGCCCUACAUCUCCAUCGACGAGAAGCACCUAGAGGAUGCCCUAAGGUGGCUGCAGCGCCGCCAGCUGGAGAGCGGCUGCUUCUGCAGUGUGGCGAACCUGCAGGGCGGCAUGGUGGAUGAGCUCUCUGUCUCGGCUUACAUCACGGCAGCACUGCUGGAGCUGGGGCAGCCACUCACGGACCGCAUGGUGACCAGAGCCCUCCAGUGCCUCCGGGAGUCGAGCACCAGCGACCUCUACACGCAGGCGCUGCUGGCCUACACCUUCGGGCUGGCGGGGAGCACUGAGAUGCGGGACGCUCUCCUGCAGCGCCUGGCCCAGCACAGCGUCAGCGCCGGUCAACAGCUGUAUUGGCAGGGGAAGCCCAGCCCCUACGGGAACGAGGCCCCAUCGGCGGAGGCAAUGACAGCUUAUGUGCUCCUGGCCUAUCUCUCCCUGCCCAACGUGUCUGCUGCUGACAUGGUGACCGCCACCCAGAUCGUCCGCUGGCUCAGCAAGCAGCAGAACCUCUACGUGGGCUUCGACUCCACGCAGGACACGGUGGUGGCCCUGCAGGCCCUGGCCAAAUACGCAGCCCUGACGAACAGCGCGAGCAAGGCUGUGUCGGUGACGGUGAGCUCCCAGGCCGGGGCACAGCAGCAAUUCCACGUGGACAACGCCAACCGGCUGGUGCUGCAGCAAGCAGCCCUGCAGGAGAUCCCCGGGCAGUACACGGUGCAGGCCAGCGGCAAGGGCUGUGUCUUUGUGCAGCUGAUUCUGCGCUACAACCUGCCGCCCCCAAAGAGCGCUGCGACCUUUGACCUGCGGGUGGAGACGGAGCCGAAGGAGUGCACCGAGAGCGCCAGAUCCCGCUUCAGCCUCGUGCUGCACGCCCGGUACGGCAGGGAGCGCCCAGCCACCAACAUGGCCAUCAUCGAGGCCAACCUGCCGUCCGGCUACAUCCCUGUCCAGAGCUCCCUGCGGCAGCUGGAGAAGCAGCCUUUGGUGAAGAGGCUGGAGGUGCAGAAUGACCAGGUGAUGCUCUAUCUGGACCAGCUGACGAAGGAGGCGGCGAGUUUCACCUUCUCCCUGGAGCAGGAUUUCCCUGUGAAGAAUCUCAGAGCAGCCCCAGUGAGACUGUACGAUUACUACGAGACGGGUGACCACACAGAGGCUGAGUACAGCGCCCCCUGCAGCUCAGGAGGAGAGGAGGUCGGCUGGUGA